GCUGAACCAGACCUAACAGGGCAGGUGCGUUUGUAAACCAACAGAUGACAAAUCACAAAGAGGAAGGAGGUGGACGGGAUUAUCAUUACAUCUCCAGUAAAAGUUCAUUACGAGUUCUUGCUGGUGUUAUGACAUUAUUAUGGCAGUAAAUUUGAGUAAAAACGGACCUGCGCUCACAGAGGCAUAUAACGAAGUGGUGAACGGGAGGAGGAAUACAAACUGGGUCUUGUUCACCUAUGAGGGCAACAGCAAUGACAUCCGGGUGGCAGGGAAAGGAGAUGGUGGAAUUGAAGAAAUGGCGGAGGAGCUUAACAGUGGGAAAAUCAUGUACGGCUUCUGUCGAGUGACCGACCCCAGCUCUGGUGUUCCCAAGUUUGUUCUGAUCAACUGGACCGGUGAGGGAGUCAAGGAUGUUAGAAAGGGAAUUUGUGCCAAUCACGUUCAUUCAAUGGGAAUUUUUUUACGGGGUGCUCAUGUGACCAUCAAUGCCCGAUCAGAAGAUGACGUUGAACCUUCCGCCAUCAUGGAGAAGGUGUCCAAGGGCUCGGGCGUCAACUAUAACACCCACAAAGAAUCAAACCAGAACAGUAAUUAUGAACCUCCUGGGCGUGUGGGUUCUGUCUAUAAAAAGAUCAGCGCCUUAGAUGAAAUCCAAAGUAUUGACAGAGAGAACUUCUGGGCCAAGGCUGAGCAAGAAGAGGAGAAGCGGCGACAAGAGGAACGCAGGAAGGUGAACGAGGAGAGAGAGCGCCUGGAGAAAGAACAAGUGGAGCAAGACGCCAAAGAGGCGGCCGAACGAGAGCGACGGCGGAAGGAGAGAGAGAAACAGAUCAACCAGCAGAGGAUUUUUGAAAAGAAACAAGAAUCUGUGACCAAACAACAGGCACCACGAAAAUGGGGUGAAGUUGAGAAGGAAAUUCAGACUCCUGUGAGAGCAGAAACGCAGAGAUCUGAACCUGUGCCGAAGGCCAAUGGUUCUGUCUAUAAAAAGAUCAGCGCCUUAGAUGAAAUCCAAAGUAUUGACAGAGAGAACUUCUGGGCCAAGGCUGAGCAAGAAGAGGAGAAGCGGCGACAAGAGGAACGCAGGAAGGUGAACGAGAAGAGAGAGCGCCUGGAGAAAGAACAAGUGGAGCAAGACGCCAAAGAGGCGGCCGAACGAGAGCGACAGCGGAAGGAGAGAGAGAAACAGAUCAACCAGCAGAGGACUUUUGAAAAGAGACAAGAAUCUGUGAAUAAACAACAGGAGCAACGAAAAGAGGAUGAGAGGGAACAACAGCCCUACGUGAAAUCAGGAAUAUUGCGAGCCGAGUCUGUGCAGAAAGCCAACGAGGCUGCGUCAAUCAUCUCUCAGCGUUCCAUAAACCCCAGGGAUCUGUUCAAGGAGAGGGAGCGAAGCUUCAACAGUGAAACAUCUUCCUUUGAUACCCAACCAGGUCAAUGGAAAAAUCCAAUCUCAUCUCAGCAAGCAGUCAGUGUGGAAAAUCCUCCCAGCGAGCGCUGGUCUCCAGUACGCUCCUUGGCGGCCGCCUCGGUCUCACGUGCGCCGGCUCCGACAACCGAGCGUGAAACUUCUUCCUUCACAGUGAAAAAACAGGACCCCUUCUCUGAUGAUGACCCAUUUCGAUCUCAGCAGGCUGAGGGUUCAGAGAAUGAAUGGGAAGAUUCAGAAGUGGAGAAUUCAGUCCCUGCUUAUGUGUAUCAUACUAAAAGUAAUAAAUAUGACACAAAUGUGUCCUCGCAUGAAAACCUAUAUGAGAACGUUUACCAGGAUUGUGACACCCCCACUGCUGAAGACGAGGACACAGGGGAUAAUCAGAACAUCUGUGCAAAGGCACUUUAUGACUACCAAGCUGCGGAUGACACAGAGAUCACAUUUGAUCCUGGUGAUGUCAUCACAGGCAUAGAGACGAUAGAUGAGGGCUGGUGGAGGGGUUAUGGUCCUGAUGGUCAUUAUGGGAUGUUUCCUGCUAAUUAUGUUGAGAUUAUUUAUAUGGCGUAACUAGGUAUUACAUAAUGCCAUAGGCAAAAACAUGCAUCACCAAAUCAUUGGUUCGUGGUCCUUGGGCUUCGAAGUUAAAUAAAGUUGUUUUUGAUUCAAAUGACCUAAUAAAGAAACAAAUAAGAGAGUUUAAUAUUCAUUAUCCUA